UAGUCCCUGCAUCUCACCCCAACAAGAGUUCUAAGGAUUGGCACGCCAAGUCUAUCGAGCUGCGUGGCGCUCGGCUGGUCACCUCGUUAAAGCUCGUAAAGCGGGCCAAAUGCUUCCGACACGUCAGACACGAGCCUCUUAACGUCAUGUUGAACUUGGCGAUGAUGAUCGGUACAAACUAGGGGCAAAAUAUGGUAGCAUACAAAACGAUGAGGCUUCCCAGUCUCUCCAGUAUUGCGUCUAUCUUCAAUUGUAAUCAGUAAUCGUAUUUAUAUUCAUAAUGAAGGCCUCAAUCGCAUCCCUCGUGGCGCUCGCCACCGCCGCCUCAGCCCAAGUCAAGGGCUUCAACUACGGCGCUACAAACAACGACGGCUCUUGCCGCGGCUACAGCGACUUCAUCCGUUACUUCAACGACGCCAAGUCGCUCCCCGGCACCGAGGGCUUCCAGGCCGCCCGCCUCUACACUUCCAUCCAGUGCGGCACCGCCGCGUCCCCCAUCGAAGCCUUCCGCGCCGCCAUCGACACCGACACCAAGAUCCUCGUCGGCCUGUGGGCCUCCGCCGGCCGCGCCGUGUACGAGAAUGAGCUGAACGCUCUUCUCGCUGCCGCCCGCGACCUUGGCCCCGCGUUCACAGACCGCAUCAUCGGUAUCAGCGUCGGUUCCGAGGACUUGUACCGCAGCUCGCCCCAGGGUGUUGCUAACAACGCCGGUGUUGGCGCCACUGGUGCUGAAAUCGAGGGCUAUAUGGGAUGGAUGCGCGAUUGGAUUCGUGGCACCGCGCUUGAGAGCAAGCCCAUCGGCCACGUCGACACCUGGACUGCCUGGGUACUCCCCGAGAACCAGGGAGUCAUCUCCAGUGCGAACUGGUUAGGACAUAACUCUUUCCCUUACUUCGAAUCCACAAUCCCGAACAAUAUCAAUCAGGCUGCUGAGAACUUCCGCUCAGCAGUAGCUAAGACCGAAGCCGUUGCCGGCGGCAAGGAGGUCUGGAUCACCGAGACCGGCUGGCCUCGCAUGGGCCCCGUGUCCCGCGACGCAGUCGCCAGCACCGAGAACUCGCAGCGCUACUGGAAGGAGGUUGGCUGCAGUCUGUUCGGGCGCCGCAACACGUUCUGGUACACGCUCAAGGACGCCAACACGGCGCAGACAGACUUGAGCUUCGCGGUGACACCGCUCGAGAACAACACUCCUUACUUUGACCUUACUUGUUAGAAGGGGGUUUGACUGUUUGAGAGUGAGCAUUUGCGGGAGUUUGUCGAGAUGUUUGAGUAAAAAGUACUUAGAUUCAUGAUGCUCGUCAAGCUUCAAUAUAGUGUGCAUAAUAUCACAUGAUGAUAUCUUCCUCAGGCCGAGACCA